AACAGCUGGCAUUUGUUAUUGAAUUAUUGGAAGGAACUCUUUUUAUUUAAAUAAAUCGGAGUCCCUAAAAGAAAAAUCCUCAAAAAUGUUUCGCAACAUUGUAAUAGGAAUUUCCGGCGGUGUUGACAGUGCUGUUAGUGCGUUUCUAUUAAAGGAAAGAGGUUUCAAUGUCUUGGGAGUAUUUAUGAAAAAUUGGGAUGAAUUUGAUGAAAUGGGUCAGUGUUCAGGCGAACAGGAUCUAUUGGAUGCCGAGUACACUUGCAAUAAAUUAAACAUUGAAUUGCGACAAGUCAAUUAUGUUAAAGAUUAUUGGAAUUCAGUAUUUACGAGUUUUCUGGAGGACUAUCAAAAUGGUUUAACUCCCAAUCCGGAUAUACUUUGCAAUAAACAUAUUAAAUUUGAUUUGUUUUAUAAACAUGCUAUGGAUACUUUAGGUUAUGAUGCCAUUGCUACCGGUCACUAUGCCAAAACUAAUUUUGGCGCCUAUUUAGAAAAUUAUGAGGAAAAUCAAGAUGUUAACUUACUGAUACCACGAGAUAAAUUUAAAGAUCAAACAUUUUUCCUGUCGGGCAUUGAAAGAAAUACUUUGAAAAAGACCAUGUUUCCGUUAAGUGAUCUCCUAAAGAGCGAAGUUAAGCAGAUAGCAAAAGACAUAGGUUUAGAACGUCUGACAAAGAAAAAAGAAAGUACAGGAAUUUGUUUUGUGGGCAACAGAGAUUUUAAGGAAUUUAUUAAAGAGUAUAUUACCUCUAAACCUGGCCAUUUCGUUGAUAUCGAUACAAAUCAAGUUGUAGGUCAACAUGAGGGCAUACACCAAUGGACUGUGGGACAACGUUGCCGUUUAGCUUCCUACCUUAAGCCUUAUUUUGUGGCUCAAAAAGAUGUUGCCACAAAUACAAUAUACGUUGCCUCUGGUCAUGAUCAUCCUGCCUUAUUAAGUGAUAAAAUAUUUGCCAACCAUAUCAAUUGGCUAUGUCACGAUCCAUUUGAACAUCCCGACAAUGUGUUGGAGUGCCGUUUUCGUUUUCAACACACAAAACCUUUAGUCAAUUGUAGAAUUUAUAGGAAAUCUAUGGAAAACAGUAAUGAAUUAAUUAUAUUAUUGGAUAAACCCUUGAGGGCGGUUACUCCCGGACAAUAUGCAGUUUUUUACAGUGAUAAAGAAUGUUUGGGUUCAGCACGCAUUGUCAAUGCUACAAGUAUAAAAACAACAGAAUUUUUGCGUAGCGUAUUUGAAAAUUCAUGACAAUGUUCAUAUAUGUAAAUAUAUAUAAAAGUAAUUAAAAGAAUUAUUGUGUAUUUAUUAAAUCUUUUUCGGGAAAAAGUUUUUAAUGCAGUAAAAAAAUAGUUUUGUGAUCACUUACUUUUACAGUGAUUAUGUGACUUAAUUGUCACUUCAGUAUUGUUGCCAAUUGGCAAAAUGGAAUUAACUUCCCAUUACCAAAUUAAAUUGAAACAAAAAACCAAUAUAAUAGUGAUGAAAUAAUGGUAAAUAUCUUUUUUUGUAUUUUAUCUUUAUGUGGUUAAUUAUGACAUAUGUAUGUAUGAUUUCUAUUUCUAUUAAUAACAAAUAAAAUCUAAAAUAUAUAAGUUUGUUGUUGU